CGCGAUGCCGCACCGUUGUGUACGGCACUCUUUUUCACAUUCGAGGUGCAACAGCGGCGCCUUCUGGAAACAGAAAAGAAGGCGAAUAGAUAAGAAGAGGAAGAAGCCCUCGCAGGGCGUCUGAGUAAUGCGUGUUGUCGAUCUUUCCACGCCGCUUUUUGACGGCAUGGCAGUCUACGCAGGCGAUCCGGCCGUCCGCAUCACAACGGUCUGCACUCGAGAGAAGGACGGGUGGGAGGUGCGGCAGCUGCAGAUGGGUUCGCACUCCGGCACGCACGUGGAUGCCCCGAUUCACAUGCAUGAGGAAGGUGCAAGUCUCGAUGAGCUUCCCCUCGAUCGCUUCUGUGGGUCCGCUGUAGCGGUGACAGUUACGAGCGCCGUCUUUCCGAUGGAGUGCGGUCUUUUGUUUUAUGAGGACGUGCCGGCCAGCUGCGUGCCAUCGAUACUUGCGGCACAUCCUCGAUUUGUGGGGGGUCCAUUGUCUGAGCAAGCGGAGCGCUUGCUGCUUGCGGCGGGCGUGGUCACGUACACCGAUCUUGUGAAUGUGGAGGAGCUGGUGGGGAAGGCGUUUACGUUUUACGGGUUUCCGCUGCGCAUACGAGGCGGCGAUGGGUCUCCCGUGCGGGCCGUGGCUGUCAUCCGUGAUGGUGAAACUGGGAGAGAGUCCUUCACCGAAGGCUGCGCAACGACUUCGUAG